AUUCAAGAUUUUAUUUUCGAGUCAUAUACUCGGAAAAGACAUUUCUUCGUAAUGGAAAAAUUGAAAGGUAUUCUAUUAGUAUUAUACGCAGUCGCAUUGUCAAAUGCAUCUGUCAUCAAAGAAAACACCAACAAAGCUACCAAAGGGGUCAAUUUCGAAUCCGGUAAAGCUACUGAAAUCUGUGCUCGUAUAGGUUCAGAUGGUAUACUAGUUGCUCAUGAACAUUGCACAAGAUUUUAUAAAUGUGCAGAAGGUCGUCCUGUAGCACUUAAGUGCCCUCCAAAUCUAUUGUAUAAUCCUAGCAACGAGCAAUGUGACUGGCCUCAUAAUGUAGAGUGUGGAGACAGAACCAUUCCAGAAGACGACGAUGAUGUUGAUAGUGAAAGUGACAAUGGCAGUGGAGGAAACGGAAACGAAAACGAUAACACUGGAAAUGGACACGCCGACCCCAGCCUGGCUACUGAAAUAUGUGCUGAAAAAGAUUCAGACGGUGUUCUGGUCGCCCAUGAGCACUGCACCAGAUUUUACAAAUGUUUCGAUAGUCAUCCAGUAGCCCUCAUUUGUCCUCCAAAUCUGUUGUAUAAUCCUAAUAACGAGCAGUGCGACUGGCCUCAUAAUGUAGAGUGUGGAGACAGAACCAUUCCAGAAGACGACGAGGAUAUUGAUAGUGAAAGUGACAAUGGCAAUGGAGGAAACGGAAACGAAAACGAUAACACUGGAAAUGGACACGCUGACCCCAGCCUGGCUACUGAAAUUUGUGCUGAAAAUGAUUCAGACGGUGUUUUGGUCGCCCAUGAGCACUGCACCAGAUUUUACAAAUGUUUCAAUAGUCGUCCAGUAGCCCUCGUUUGCCCGCCAAAUCUAUUGUACAAUCCUAGCAACGAGCAAUGUGACUGGCCUCACAAUGUAGAGUGUGGAGACAGAACCAUUCCAGAAGACGACGAGGAUAUUGAUAGUGAAAGUGACAAUGGUAAUGGAGGAAACGGAAACGAAAACGAAAACACUGGAAAUGGACACGCCGACCCCAGCCUGGCUACUGAAAUAUGUGCUGAAAAAGAUUCAGACGGUGUUCUGGUCGCCCAUGAGCACUGCACCAGAUUUUACAAAUGUUUUGAUAGUCAUCCAGUAGCCCUCAUUUGUCCUCCAAAUCUGUUGUAUAAUCCUAAUAACGAGCAGUGCGACUGGCCUCAUAAUGUAGAGUGUGGAGACAGAACCAUUCCAGAAGACGACGAGGAUGUUGAUAGUGAAAGUGACAAUGGUAAUGGAGGAAACGGAAACGAAAACGAAAACACUGGAAAUGGACACGCUGACCCCAGCCUGGCUACUGAAAUUUGUGCUGAAAAUGAUUCAGACGGUGUUUUGGUCGCCCAUGAGCACUGCACCAGAUUUUACAAAUGUUUCAAUAGUCGUCCAGUAGCCCUCAUUUGUCCGCCAAAUCUGUUGUAUAAUCCUAGUAACGAGCAGUGUGACUGGCCUCAUAAUGUAGAGUGUGGAGACAGAACUAUUCCAGAAAGCGACGAGGAUGAAGACAACAAUGACGCUAGCGAUGGCAAUUUGGACGGAAACGAUAAUGAAGGCAAUGACAACAGCAGCGGUAACUGCGAUCCCAGUGCAGCUCCUACAUUGUGUGCUCAAACUGGAUCAGACAGUGUUCUAAUUGCCCACGAAAAUUGUGAUAAAUUUUACAUAUGCUGGAACCACAAGCCUGUAGUUCUCAGCUGUCCUCCAAAUCUCCUCUACAAUCCAUCGAAAGAAGAAUGCGAUUGGCCUCAGAAUGUCGACUGCGGUUCAAGAAUUAUUCCAUAA